AUGCGUUCUUGUGAAAUUUUUCUUUUGAGAUAUUUGCGCGAAAAUGGAUACAGAGAAAGCUACGAUCAGCUCAAAGAAGAUUUGUCCUCGAAGUGGUUGAAGAACGAUGCAGAUACGGCAGAUAAAGUGUGUCAAACAGAGUCCCAGCUUCAUGGAGAUCACUUUAUUUCUGAAAAGUCGCUGGAAGAUGUAUUGAAGAUGCGAUAUCAAAGAAAAACAGUCGCCUGCCAAGCUUCUAACGAGCAUUGUUGUCAAUCGAAAGAAGUAGCAGAGAAGUUGGAAAAGCGCGUUGCAAGCAUGCAACGAACGAUUUCAUAUCUGCGUGAAGAACUUAGAAAACGUCCUGAUUUCGAAAAGCCGCCACCGAAGAUAGCGAUUGUAAGGCCUCAGAGGUUUAAUCCGUUUAAAAAGUCGAAAGAUAAUCCUGCCAAAUGA